CGCUGUGAAGAACUACGGCGGACUUUGAGUUGCUUGAAAGAGUGUCGUUUUUGUGCAGCUGAAAAGAGAUGUUUGGGUUAACGUGCCGAUAUCAAGAGGAACUUUGACCAGAGAUAUUCAGCUCAUAGAAAGACUGAGCGGAGAAUUUACACCAACGAUUGAAAUUAUGAUGGAAUCGUGUGCUCUGUGUAAAUGCCUCUUACGAUUCUAAAUCAAGAGUCAAACAAGGUUUGGAAGUUCGACGGAUUGAUCUAAUAUGCAGCAGUCAUUCAUAAAAGCCCAGAAGAAUCAGGGGUUUUUCCGAUAUACUGUCGCAUCAAUCUGUUUCACUUAACUUCAUCCUUCCUUUGUUAGACGAAUUUAGAUCGGAGUGUGUAGGAUGAGCGAAUUGACUGCCAACCAACCGUUCUUGGUGGAACAAAAUGGUGUCGUACACACCUCUAAAGAGACUGCGAACCAUAAGAGCGAAGAAAGGAAACAUCACUGCAAUCUGUGUGAUGAGUGGUCUGCUCUGUGCAGUCGGUUUGUUCGCCUACUACAACAUCUAGUUGGGCAUCUUGGGGAAAUCAUAGCUGGGCACCCUGUGGCUUGUAUUAUGAUCUGUAUUUUCUUCGUUUCGUUCUGUUCUGUGGGAUUCUUGUGGCUGAAAACAGAAAGCAGAACUGAAAAACUCUUCAUUCCUCAAGACAGUAGAGCCAUCAACGAUUUAAACAUAGCUGAAAAAUAUUUUCGACUUAAGGUUCGUGUAGCGAGCGUAAUUUUAGUAGCCCAUGCAGAAAAUCCCAACAUCCUUGCUGCAGAAUGCCUGACGGAGGCCCAAAAUGUACACAGUCAAAUAGUAAUGUUGAAGUCGUUUACAGAAUUUUGUUUGACUCUUUCUGGACAGAAGGCUAGUACCUGGAAGGAUUGCGUGACUAUUGAUCCGUUUCAAGUUUUCUUAGACAGAAAUUUUAGCAACAGGUCGUUGGUACAAAUUCAAACAGAAAUCAACACAGCGUUCAACAAGAAGAGUUUGUUAAUGCGAGACGGACAGCUUUUCCAGCGAAAUUUUCGCCAGAUUUUCGGUGACGUGACAAAACAGACAAGCGAUCGUGCAAUAACUGGCGCACGCGCAAUGCAACUGAAAUAUUUGAUCAGAGACCCACCCGAGGAUGAUGUCACCAAGAAAGUCCUCGAAUGGGAAAAGACCUUCCUUGACAAAGUGGCUUCCACGUCCGCCACCUGUUUUGAGAUUUACUACGAGGCAGAGAGAAGCACAGAUGAUGCUAUUAAAGAAAACAGUAGCGCUGAUAUAACUCUAAUAUCGAUCACCUUUACUAUUAUGAUUUCAUUCGCCUGUUUCAUGCUUGGAAAAUUUCUUAAUCCGCUGACCGGUCACUCGAUACUCGCAAACGUAGGAGUGCUCGCAGUGGCUUUUGGAAUAUUAGCGGGAAUGGGUCUGGGCAUGUGGUCCCGUGUGACGUACGUAAACAUGAUAGGCGUCGUUCCCUUCCUAGUGUUAAGUAUAGGCAUCGAUGAUAUGUUUAUUAUAGUGGAUGAACUUGAUCGACAACCACGUGAUGUGGGCGUCAUCAGGAUCGUCAAAGAAGUAAUGUCACGUACAGGAGCUACAGUUACUAUGACAACCUUGACUGACCUGGUUGCAUUUGCCGUGAGUACAUCGACUGCUUUUCCGGCUAUCAGAUACUUUUGCAUUUACGCAGCCUUAGCUGUCACGCUGUCUUAUGCCAUGAUGAUAACCUUUUUCGUCGCCGCAAUGACCUUUGACAUCAGAAGAAUAAAAGCCGGCCGGAGAGACUGCCUGCCUGUGUGCAGAGCGCCACCCCCGAAAGAUGGCCAAGUCCCAUGGGACGCGCCACGCCCUCAGACAUCGAACCGUAUUCUAAAGAUCUGGGCGAACUUUCUUGUGUUACCUGCAACGAAAUUUGUUGUGCUUGUCAUUUCUGCGGCAAUCCUUGCCUUGGGAAUUUAUGGAACGACGAAGGUGACAGAAAAUUUUGAUAGAAGAAUGCUGGCGAAAGAUGACUCUGCGCUUUUGAAAUUUCUGAACGUUCGAGAGAAAUAUUACGAACACUCCAUUCCUGUUAGCUUAGUACUUACAGGUGAUAUUGAUUACACUGAGCCCACUGUCCAAGACGAGGUUAGGCGCUUGUCAAAAAUUGUUAGGGAUAAUGGCUAUUACCGAACUCAAAUUGUAUCUUGGAUGGAAGUUUUCACUCAUUUCUCUGCUGCAAGUGGGAUUAACGUUACUGGAUCAAAGUUUACGCCUGCGCUAAGACUGUUCCUUGAAAGUCCUGAGUUUUUGUCUUUCAACCAAGAUGUGAAACUGUCGGCCAACGGAAGUCGCGUCAUUGCGUCUCGUGUCAUGGCUUUCAUGAAGAACAAUCUAAGCUCCACGUUUCAGAAGGAUGCUAUGUUGACAAUUCGGGAGGAUCUUGCCAAGAAAUCUUCACUCGACGUGAUACCGAUCAGUCGUCCAUUUAUCUUUUUCGAACAGUAUGCAAUCGUUGGAAGAGAGACCACCAGGAAUCUUAUCAUAGCGGCCCUGGCUGUUCUUGUGGUAACAUCCCUGUUCCUAGUCGAUUGCACGGUGACGCUUCUGGUUGUGUUUAAUUUUGUGGCUCUGGUGCUCGAGCUGUUUGCGUUGAUGUUCAUCUGGGACGUGUCGUUAAAUGGCGUCUCAAUGAUUACUCUUGUCAUGGCCAUUGGUUUUGCCGUGGACUACAGUGCACAUAUUGCGCAUGCGUUUGUUAUGUCUGAGGAGGACACAACCAACAAGAGAGUCAUUGACGCUGUUAGUACGCUUGGUGCCAGUGUAUUUAUGGGAGGUUUCAGCACCUUUCUUGGAAUGCUGGUGUUAGUCUUUGCCACGUCGGAGAUCUACCGCAUUUUCUUCCGCAUGUUUGUGGGUAUUGUUUCGUUCGGACUUCUCCAUGGCCUGUGUAUAUUACCUGUUCAACUGUCUCUGUUAUGGUGGCAACCAGUUGUCGCUCGGAGAGACCCAACACCCCUGUUGAUAAGAGAAACAGAUGUUUGAUCCAAGAAGGAAGGAGUGGGGCGGUGUUGUUAACUCUGUGUUUAAAGACACGUGUGGAAUAUUCGAAUUCUCUUAGUGAACCCCUCACACUCGGACAUCAGUUUUCAUAUUAUCCACACAAUUCUUUAUACAUUUCCCUUGAUAAUUCCAAGGAAGAUAUUUAAACGAUCAAGAGCUUGUUUAGUUGAUGAUCACUUCCGUUCUUCUUAUGACCUUAAUGUUGGAUUCUGUGAUAUUGUAAGGAGAAAUUUAGGUGGAAGUUACUCGUAGAGGGUAAAGGGGGUAAUACAUUUUUAGAACACUGGUUGGGAAGGUAUCGUGGUGGUUAUUUUAUUUUGAUUACAAUUGUGGUUUUUACUACGUGUACAUUUUGUUCCAAGGUUAGUUUCAUUUAGUUUAUUUAUUAACAUAGUUACAGCCACGUUCUUUUUGCGAUGGGGAUCAAGUAUUUAUGGUGCAAGACUUCUCUUUAUUGGGUUUGGAUGUGUAAAACCCAUGUUGGGAUAAUUUAGGGGCUGGUCUUCAUAUUCAUAUUUAUGAAGUUUUUUUUUCUUAAUUCAGUUCAAUCCACAUUUUUUCCUUCCUGAGAAUGGCCUUUGAGCAUAUAUUGUGAGAACGCCUUAUUUAAGCGUCAGCGAAGUACAAGUGUCGUGGCGUUUUAUGUGUCAAUAGUAGGAAAGUUAUUUGAAAUGAUUAUGCCCUUUUGGGGAUUUUAAAAUAUUUAAAAAGAUGUAGAGUACAUCUUAGAGUUUACUACUGAAGGAUUGUUAUCGGAGUAUCCGUUUUAAUAUAUUUAAAUUUUAAAUAUUGACUUUGAAAAAUUAUGAGAUUUAAGUAAAAGUGGUAUCUUAUGCAAAGUGAGUUUCAUGUGAUAUGUGGAUGUGUGUUGCACCUGUGAUAAGUAAAUAAGUCCGUCUUUUAACCUCUAAACUUGCAAGAUAUAGAAGUCAGAUCUCCCUUAUGUCCGCCUUUUUAUGUGGUUUAAAUAUUGAGAAUUUGUGUUUAGAAAUAUCCAAAAAGGUAUACCUAGUUGAUAUUAUUCUUUCCUCUUCUCGCCUUAUUGUUUGAAAAUGUAGUGACUUUGUAAAGAGAAAGACCGUUUUUGUCACUCCUUGUUGUGAAACUGAUUCAACGCCCAAAGCUACAAAGUGGUUUUUAAUGAUGAAUUUAUAUUUUGUUGGAUAGAUCAAAUCCCAAUUUGCAUUGCCUUUCUGAAGAAUUUACGCAUCUAGUAAUGAUUUAUGGUUAUUUUACAUUCUACAUUUUCUAUAUCACCGUCAUCUGAUUGGCUCUCGUGCGUGCGAUUUAUUCACGAAUCUCUCAAUUUUUCUUUUGUAAUUUGCGCUAAAUCGCAUCUUUUCCCUAGCCAAUGAGAAAGCUUUACUAAAGUAAAACAACCGAUCAGAGUACAAGGCUUGAAACCAAUCAAAUUGCAGGAAAAGGAAAAAUAACCUUUGCAACUUUAUACAAACUAGCUGACUACAAGAUCAAUAAAAUAUUUGUACAGACUAAAAAAUUCUAUAUCGGAGCAACUGAAGAAAUUAAGUGGUAAUUGUACUUCGUUGAGGAUUUAAAUAGACUCUUGCUAUUUCUUUCUUUCCAGCAUGCUUCUUUUAAUAAAAUUUGCAAAUAAA